UCCCCUGUUGUGGGGCACUGAACAAGAUGAGGAAUCAGGUCAUCCCCUGGCUCCUAUGGGCCCUCACCUCGCAAAUGGCCACAGGGUGGAAGGGCAACACCUUCCUGAACAUGACAACCGCGGUAGCCAGGAGCCUGAAUAGGUCAGAAUGUUGGGUAUGUGUGCAUGUCCCCAUGCACCUGGGGCAGGGGAUCCCCAUAACAGGAGUACCUUUCCCUAUGAAUGCGACUUCUUUUCAACGUCUGCUGAUAGCAGGACCUCCGUGGCUGAACGAGACCUACAGGGUUCCCCAACACCACAUUUGGAGGCUUGACAGGGUCAUAGAAGGAGGCCCGUGCAUCCACAGGAGUGUAGCACCCGUGGACAGUGCCUUUUGGAAGGCCAAGUACCCUACUGACCUUUGGAAGGACUAUUGGUGGCAGCCGGAUAUUCCAGACGAGAUUUUUGUGGGCAAUCAUUCAGGGUGUACAUAUAUAUAUAAUAUGACUCUCCCUAGAUGGACCAAAGACACCUGGCCCCCCACCUUUCCCCUUGCAACACCGGGGUGGAGGGAGGGAUGGUUUUGGCUUUGCGAUCACACAGCCUACAAGACAUUGCCUCGAAAUUGGUAUGGGACCUGCAGCUUAGGAACUUUGACCCCAGGGCUCACAAUCCAUGACACCUUCCCGGGAGAGGUACGCCCCCGCUAUCGCAGAUCAGGAAAUCCCUUUGCAGAAAACCCCCUGGUGGUCAGAGGUACCGCCUUCCAGUCUGCUCUUAGAGUGGUCUUCCCCAGAUAUGGUGUUUUUGAUCUGGAACGGGCUCUAGUAAAUGUCUCAGCAUCACUGGACAUCUUUGCCGCCUCCACAGCGGAUGCCUUAACCACUCUGCAGCAGGAGGUAGCGCAAAUGGCCCAAAUAGCCAACCUCACGGCUGAGGCCCUCCUGGCCCUUCAGAUAGAGAUCAGACAAACGGCCACUAUCACUCUACAGAACAGGAUGGCUCUGGACUACCUACUGGCCAGCCAGGGAGGGGUUUGUACUCUUUUGAACACCUCAUGCUGUGUGUAUAUCAAUCAAGACCAACGAGUGGUGACCAAUAUUGAACAAAUUAGGAAGUUAGCAACUAUAUACAACCACAGUGACCGUGUUGAGAGUAAUGUUGACCGCAUUAAAAAGCAGGCAGAUUUGUACCGCAAAAUCAGUUUAGCUGGGGGAGAACUCCCCAGUAUGUGGAACUGGUUUACUUCCUGGCUCCCAGGUUGGGGAUGGUUAAAAGAGAUUUUGCUUGUGAUUUUGUUUCUCUUUCUUACCUUACUGUUACUAUCUUGCCUUUUGCCAUGCCUUAUUCAGCUUGUACGCCGAAUGGUAAGCCGCUCAGUUGAGGCAGCUACACGUACCCAUGUCCUGGCUCUUUAUGACAUUAAACUUAUGGAUCCAUCAACUGAAAAUGAUGAACCGGAACCGGUCAGCAUUUUCAUGAUGGAAAGGGGGGAAUGAAGGAGUGAUGGAACCAGACUGACGCCAUUUCUUAAGCCAAAAGCCAUUUUAGAGCAUCUUAGAGAGCAAGCUAAAAGCCAAAAGAUAUUUCUCUUGCAAAAGCAAGGCUGCAGCUAUGCAAAAUCCAGUGUGGUCAGACAGUUGACACCUGUAGCAGACUGUUGACCCAAACAGGAAAGCUAGCUCACCGCAGAAGGCCAAAAGUAGACUCAGGCAGAAAGCUGUUAGACCCACAGGACACACUUCUAAGAGAACAGGUGGUUGAGGUUUUACUGGGAAUCGUGAAACCAGGUCAGACAGAUAGUAAGCCUAGAGUGACAUCUAGUGGACGCAGCAGCUUGAAACAGACCAAGGCUAUCGCCAAUCUGAUUGGCAGAGCUUUUAAUGAAUAUGCAUAAGAAGUGUUAAUUAUUGGCUAAAGGGGGGUGCUGAGGGGCUGAACUGUGCUUUGCUUGAGGUUAUAAAAACUAUCUGCCCCCAACCCUCGGGGGCAUUCUCUCAUUUUUCCUGAAUGUACCCAUUUGCAUUUUUGUCUGACAAAAAUCCAUUUCAAUAAAAACUUUUUCUUUAAGAACCCUGGCUGCCUGUUUUUGCAUUUCUGGUCUAUAUCCUGAAGUC